AUGGCUCCCGGGAGCGUGGCCUCCAGCGACACCUCGACCUCCUCAGCCUCUCUAACCUCCGUGAGCUCCACAUCCGAAUGGUCUGGGACUGGAAAGCCAGGCCUGAGCCAUAGGGUGAGAGUGCCGCACCGCCACCCGUCCGUGCUGCGCAUGGUCCUGGAGGCGCUGCAGGCAGGGGAGCAGCGCCGGGGCACCUCGGUGGUGGCCAUCAAGGUUUAUAUCCUGCAGAAGUACCCCAUGGUAGACGCCAUCCGGCUCAAGUACCUGCUGAAGCGGGCCCUGCACACUGGCAUGCAACGUGGCCUCCUCGUCAGGCCCACCAACUCCAAGGCCAAGGGGGCCACUGGCAGCUUCAAAUUAGUUCCCAAGCACACAAAAAAAACCAAGCCCAGGAGGACAUCUACCAUGUCAGCCCCCAGGAGACCUGCUGAGGCCAAGGAGGAAGCCCCCAAGAAAGGUGGCCAGACCAAGGAUGGAGAGGCAAGAGUGGGCAAGGCCAGGAAGGUCCCCCGACAGCCAGACAAGGCCACAAAGGCCCCUCCUGGUGCCUCCAGGCCCCAUGGGAAGUCAAAGGUUAAAGGCAGAAAGAACAGCCCAGCAGAUGACAAGGCCCAUAGGAAAACCAAAGCUGGGACUCAGAGUUCAAAACCCAUGGUCGCCAAGGGAGAGAAUGGUGCAGUUUUCCCAGCCAAAAAGAAGACUGGGAGCAUGGUCCCUAAAGAGGCAGCUGCCCAGGGGGCUGGGCAAAGGCCAAAAGCCAAGGCUGCUGCUCCUAAGGACAGUGUGUCCAAGACUGUACCUGCACCACUGGCCAGAAAGACAGAAGUCCCCAAGGGCCCAGGAAGGCCUGGCAUGCCCUCCAAGGCCUUGUCAUCCAAUGGGACCAGUAAGAAGACAGAAGCUAAGAGCUAG